AUGAAUCACAGCGCAUGGAGACUGUACCGACCAACAUACCCAACCACUGAUGAAGCCACCCGAUUCCGCAGCCUUCUCUACGUGAAUAAAAGAAUUUCAACCUCCUCACACCGCCAAAUCUGCUGCAACCACCCCGACCUAGUGGCAAUCAAAUUAUGGACUGCGGAGAUACAAUACCUCAUCUUCUCGGUUUAUAUACCAUCAUUAGAUGCACGCCAAACAGCGGAUGUCACCCCCGUCGAAUCAGUGCUAGAUGAGAUCCAAAAUUGCAUUGAAAAACACUCCCAAACAACAGACAGGACUACAAGGCUCAUCCUAGCAGGAGACUUUAACCGUCAUCACCCAGCAUGGAGUCACCGCCCUGUGAGCCAUGCCUUUACCGCCCAGGCGGGAGAACUAGUCAAUUUCUUCCAGAUAUACCGCCUACAGUGGUGCCCGGCCCGAGAUCUCAACCAGGAAGUCAACCGACUGGUCGAAGCAACAAUAACAGUCCUAGACCAACACGUACCAGCACAGAAACCAUCACCGUACUCGAAACGAUGGUUUACCACUGAACUCAAAGCCCAACAGGUUGUGGCGAAUCGGGCACGCAGGAGAUGGCAAGACAGCUGUGCUGCCCUAGGCCCUAACCGCCCUAUUACCACUGCUCUUUUCAAUAAUAUGCGCCAGAAACGACGGGAGUGGACCCGGACCAUCGAGAAGGUCAAAGCUACCCACUGGAAGGAGUUUCUAGGCAAGGCCCAGGAAGGCCACCUAUGGAAAACAGCAACAUACAUGCGCCCGCGAGACCCUUAUACGAAUAUUCCUCCCCUCCAGAUGGCAGAUGCCGAGGAAGAAACCAUCAUACCAUGCCAAGAAGAGAUUGAAUGGGAACCAAUCUCCGAGCUAGAGAUAUACCGAUCACUCAAGGCGGCCAAAGGAACAACAGCCCCGGGAGAGGAUGGUAUCCCGACCUUGGUAUGGAAACACCUGUGGACCUACCUCCGGGGUACUAUCACCCACCUCUUCACGAAAUCGAUAGAACUGGGGUGCUACCCAGACCGGUGGAAACGAGCUCGGAUUGUGGUGCUCAAGAAACCGGGCAAAUCGGACUACUCAUUACCAGGAGUGUACCGGCCAAUUUCGCUGCUCAAUACCUUGGGAAAGAUACUGGAGGCGGUUAUAGCAAGAAGACUCUCUUUCUGGGCCGAGACAUACAAGCUACUCCCAGACACACAGUUCGGAGGUAGACCAGGGCGUAACACAGAACAGCCACUUCUGGUGAUAGCAAAUGCAGUUAAUCGGGCGUGGCUGCGAUCAAAAGUGGUCACACUGAUUGCAUUUGACCUGAAAGGGGCUUUCAAUGGAGUUAACAAAGUCUCUCCCCUGGAAAAUGCAGGACUCGCCCAAGGAUCCCCACUAUCCCCUAUCUUAUUUGGAUUCUUCAACUCUGAUCUGGUUGAUCAACCAAUUGACUACCAUGGAGGGUCAUCCGCCUACAUUGACGACUAUUUUCGGUGGCGAGCCGGGCCCUCGGCAGAGGACAAUAUCCACAAGAUCCAGGAAGAGGAUAUACCCCGUAUAGAAGCAUGGGCCUGCGAUACUGGGUCCUGCUUUGCGGCAGAGAAAACAGAGCUUAUACACCUAACAAGGUCCAAAAAGCAACAUGGUGUUGGACAAAUCAUUAUGAAUGGAAAGACCAUCAAACUCACCAACACCGCAAAGCUUCUGGGGGUUAUUGAUACGAAUCCAUGGGAUUACGUGAUCUAG